AGAAUCAAUCACUUACGAAUGCUUCCUCUAGCCAGGACCUCUCGAGAAAAUGACGGAACGACAAAGACUUCAAAGCCACUCGCCGUCGACUGCGUCAAGUUGCAUCUCACAAAUCCAAUGUUCGACACAUCAACAUCUGCUGAUUGCUUCCUUGAAAGAAACGAGGAACAAGUGGUUGAUGGCUUGAUAUCAUUUGUUGCCUUCUCAUCCCCAUUCUGCCAUCAGCUCGACGUAUUUUCAUAGCUCAAUAGACUGCAAGAGACAGUCGAUCCAAUCAGACCUGUACAGCAUUUAUUCAUUCAUUCCCACGAACUGUCCAUACCCAACCAGCACAUAAUAAUCUUACCAUGGCGCCUCAACACCAUCAAAGCUCUGUACAAGGUUGCACUCCUCUGAUCAUGAAUCGCUACCUCAUGAACUUUCUACUUGUGGCGGCAGCCUACUUGACCCAAGCAAAUGCCUUUGUACCCUCAUCGCCCUCGUUAUCAAGGUCUACAGGCGUUGAUAACCGCCACCAGAGACAACCUCUGUUUGUGGUGGCUGAUCCCCCGAACAGGGAAGAAGAAAAGGAAAAGCUCAAUGGCGAUGAAAAUGACGACGACAAGGCGUGGGUCAAGACAACCAGUGGAGGUUUCCUGCCACGAAUUCCUCGCGUUCUCAAGGAGAAGAUUGGUCGACGAGUGAUUCCCCAAGAAGUCUUGACCAUUCAAGAGUACAAGGCCGCCGUGGCAGAUGAAAGCGACUGCAUGGUCUGCGUCCGCUUUUACGCACCCUGGUGCAAGGCAUGCAAGGCGGUCCAACAACCCUUUCGCAAACUCUGCCGUGACUAUGAAGGCGUCGUCAAGUUUGUCGAAGUACCCUUGACCAAGGAGAAUGCCUUUUUGCACGAUGGACUGGGAGUUCCCUCGUUGCCCUACGGACACAUUUACCACCCAGCGGCCGGGCUGGUCGAAGAGCGCAAGAUCAAAAAGAAGGAAUUUGCCGAGUUUGCGCAGGUGUUGAAAACAUAUGUUCAAGGGGAGUGCAUUGUCGAGUAUCCUGAGGAUGGUUCUGCAUGCAGACAAGCGACCAAAAAGGAGGCAUCUUCCGAGCAUCGUCCCUAGGUCCCAGCGGCCAGCUAUCGAGUAGUUUGUCUUUUGGGUAAUCAUUCUAGCAAAGUUUUUACAUGGGUUGCUU